CGGGCGGCGGGAGGAGGCAGCGGGGGAAGGGGAAGGUUAAUUUCAAAACAAGCUCUGGAGGGAGCGAGCGGGAGCGUGUCCACGAUGGCGAGCGUGCUGUCCAGGCGCCUGGGGAAGCGGUCUCUGCUGGGUGCCCGUGUCUCCGUGCCCAGCUCCUUGGUGGAUGGGAUGCUGGUGACGACUUCAAUCCCCACCUUGCAGGCGGAGCUCAGCAGGGCGUCUUCCCACCUGGUUUCGUAUGAUGACGGUCAGUGCAGAGAGCACUCAGAGGAGGGCAGCAGGGCGCCUGCCUUCCCGAAUCCAAACCUGAACCUGAACCCGAACCGCCUGCAGCUCCACCCAGGACAAAAGGUUUAUGUCACCUAUAACGGUCAGGAAUGCGCCAGCCUCGUCGAGCAGCAUGAUCCUGGCAGUGACGAAGUGAAGGUACUGCUCCUGGAGCAAGGACUGCACGCAUGCUGGAAGCUAGAGGAUGUGAGGGUGGCUGAGAUCCAGAGGUCACCUCCUCCUGCCCUGCCAAUGGACCAGAGCCCUACCCCCACCCCAGGACCGAGCCAGCGGUCUGUUUCUAGGAAUAUCGAUGUACCUAAGAGAAAGUCGGAUGCUGCCGUGGAAAUGGAUGAGAUGAUGGCAGCCAUGGUGCUGACGAGCUUGUCCUGCAGCCCCGUGGUGCAGAGCCCACCCACAAGUGACAGCAGCAUCCCCGCAUCCCGAGCAGCCUGUGACUCAUGGAAGGAGAGUGGUGACAUCUCAGACAGCGGCAGCAGCACCACCAGCGGGCACUGGAGCGGAGGCAGCGACAUCUCCACUCCGUCACCCCCACACCCUGAAGCCAGCCCAAAGUACUCCAGCGAGGCUUUCAGCUCCUCACAGGCUGACGAGGGCUUUGAGAUGGACUCAGAUCCCUUUCUCCUUGAUGAGCCUGCCCCACGAAAGAGAAAGAACUCUGUGAAGGUGAUGUACAAGUGCCUGUGGCCGAACUGUGGUAAAGUGCUGCGCUCCAUCGUGGGGAUCAAGCGUCAUGUCAAGACCCAGCACCUUGGGGAUGGUGCAGACUCUGACCAGAGAAGGAGGGAGGAAGACUUUUACUACACUGAAGUGCAGGUGAAAGAAGAGGCUGCUCCAGAGUCUGCUCCCAGCCCCAGCUCUGCGUCCUCACCCAUCAUCAUCCAGCAGGCUCUGGCCAAGCCGGAGACCCUGGUGUUGGAACAGUCCACCUUGGAGUCUCACCUGCCAAGCAGUGCCCUCAGCCAGUCUGCCCCCAGCUCCUUCUGGCAUAUCCAAGCAGAUCACGCCUAUCAGGCCUUGCCAUCAAUUCAGAUUCCGGUGUCGCCACACAUAUUCACCAGCAUCAGCUGGGCUGCGGCCACCUCCACCAUCCCUUCCCUUUCCCCGGUUCGAAGCCGGUCACUGAGCUUCAGUGAACACCAGCAGCCGACGCCAAUGUUGAAGUCCCACCUGAUCGUUGCUUCUCCUCCCCGGGCACCCAGUGGCACUAGAAAAGUUCGUGGCGAAGCCAAGAAGUGCCGUAAAGUUUAUGGCAUUGAGCACCGGGACCAGUGGUGCACAGCUUGCCGAUGGAAAAAGGCCUGUCAGCGAUUUCUGGACUGAGCGCACAAACACUUCAGGGGUUUGGAAUCUCGCCCUCUCUCUGCUGAGAACACCCAAAGUCCGUCAUUGCUGCAACCAGGGACCUUGGAGGGAUCUCCUGCAGCUUCUGCGGAGACCUCUAGAGCUGCGUGUAAAUUCCAAGUUCUGUAUAUUGUACAUCUGCUGGGUUUAUUAUUUUUUACAUUUUCCUUGGGAUUUUUUGUUUUACAAAAGUUAAGAAAAAUCCUCCCUUUUUAUAGCAGAAAUAGUGGAGGGGAAAGAAAGGAAGCAGGCUGUUUGGUGGUCAUGAGAGAUUUUUGGCUGUCCAGGGACCAAAGAACUUCUUAUUGAUCUUCUAGGUCAUCAGUAAAGUCUCCUGAACUUUCAGGUCAAAGGUCGGGGCAAGGAGGUGAAGAGCAUCUCUUCACCUUUCUUUAGUAGCUGAAAAGCUCAAAGUCUCAUACUCUUUAAAGGGACACUGUCAAAACGACAAUCAUAGCUUAAAAAAGAAAAUGACCAUGUGUUACCAGUAACACCUUUAAUUAGUACAUUUGAAGUUCUUACCUUUGCUGUUGGCCAUUAAUGUUGCAGUUUUUUUCACCUCCGUCAGUAGGUAAAACUAGAUUGCUGUAUCUCAGGUCUGCUUUGCUUCCUGAUUUAUAUGUGUUUUGAUGCAGUUGCAGGUGGAGAAUCGCCACCAUCCUUUAACUGAAAAAAAGCAUUGAAAAGCAAAACUUAAAUAUUUCUUCUCUUCGAUUUGGUUGUUUUACCAGGAACUGUUUUGUUUACUUCUUCGAAGAACACAAAUUUUAGGUCUAGCAGUGUCCCUUUAAACUCAGGCAAAUGAUUAUUUAAAGUCAAAUACUUCUUCCUGAAAGGUCAGCAGAAAGGACUCAGAAAGGUGCUGCCUUAGCCUGGAGACAUAUGGAUUUUGUAUGGAUUUAGGCACCGAUUCAGCGAAGUGCUUAUGUACAUGUUUAAAUCCUACCAAAAUCCCUGGGGUCUUAAGCAGAUGCUUCAUGAAAUGGGAUGGUUUGCAUGCUGGAAGCCAAGUGCAUGCUUAUAUUGUUUGCUGAAUCAGUGGCAAAACGGGGAGAUGUCGUAAAAUCCCAAAUUGUGGAGGGAAAUUGAAGCAUGUCUGAACUCUGCUUCCUGGCUUUCAUCUGUUUAUCCCAUUCAUAUUAUCUUCACAAGAUUCAAAUAUUUCUGGUUUUUGCCAUGAAUAAUUUACUUGCCCUGGGAAGUAAAUUAGACCCUGAUUGCUGGAUUCUAACUUGCAGUCAUCUAAUUUAAGUGGAGUGACUCCUGAUCUGCGGGUUUAAAUGAGGAGAGUCAAGUGCCAGGAGUCUAUGCAGAAGUAGGGGGAGGGAGUGGAGGAGAAAAACCAAGGCUUGUAAAGAUGUCUGUGCUCUGGAGAAGGGCACUGCUUAUCUCACAACCAGAAGUCGGGUCUGGUUUCGUGUUUUUGGUCUUUUGUUGUUUACUCGUGACCGAUCAGCCGUUCAUAGGAAGCGCAGUAUCACUGCCAAGCAAACAGGAUGCUAGAUGCAGUGUCUCCCAUCUCCCUCGCCGUGCGGCCUGGAGCCCAAAAAACAAGGAGUUUUGUUUCAUACCUCACCAUUCUGUGUCCCGGGGGUGUUUCCAUCACCAAAUCCUGCCAAGGACAUGCUGGUGGAAGCGGGUGUAGGCUGCGACGCUGCUCAGAGGAUUUCAUUGUGUUGUCCUGGUUGAGCGCAGUGGGGGGCACAGGCAUGCUGUGGCACAGUCACUAAGGAAGCGUGAUUUCUUUUAACGGGGGAAGAAAUGCCUCUGUUACUAAAGCCAUUCAGGUCCCCACACUCUGGUGCAGAGACUCCUGGUGCUGUGACGUCUUGUUUAUAAAUGCGCAGCGGCAGCUACGCAUGAGCCAGGCGGUCCGCUUUGUGCAUAAUUGGACGGCAGCGAGAGUUGGGGUUUUUUACGAUCAGGGUGGGGUGGGAAGGGCUGGGCGGACUUUUUGCUGCAUUUUUGAUAAUCAGAGGCCAUAAACUACAGACCUCAACCCAAGGGCAGGCAGCUAUGGCAGGAAUGAACCUGGCAUAUUUUUAAGGACCAUUUGAUUGACUAAACUUUCCUUGUAAAAGCAAAUCAUCUGACCGGGAGGGUAUUAUUUUCUCACGAGUUCACGUGAGCCCUUUUGUUAAAGGGGCGGGCGGGGCACUCAGAGGGGUUUUUAUAUAUAUUAUUGGUGCUUGUUGACCUUUUUUUGUAAUUUUGUACAUAUAUACAGUAUAUUGGUUAAACCCGGUCUUCUCUUCAGCGUUAAACUGGCGAUUGCCAAAUUGGCUUGUGAGAAACAGGAACAAAGUGAGCUCAUCUCCCUGUUUUUUUCCCAGUCUGGUAGGUCUCGCAGCCAGGUCUGGUCCAGAACAAUCAAGUUGUCUAGCUGGGAGCGUACAGCCUGAUUCAAAGUCCACUGAAGACCCUGGCUGUCUCUCUGUUGACUUCAGAGAGCUCUGGCUCAGCCUCUGUCUCAGGGAGGUCGUCCUCCAUCACCUCGGUCCCCUCCACCGCUUUGUUCUUAUUUUGCAGACCACCGUGCAGGGCUAGGAGAGUGAAAAACGCCGACUUGGAGCAGUGCGUUUUGGAAGCAGGCAAGGUGUUGGACUGAUCUGUGCAGGUCAUUGUAAAAGAAAACCCAUAUGAACCAUUUAACACCUCUGCAGGACUUCACCUUUUACUAGAUUAGGAGCAAGGUUGCAGAAUUGGUUCCAGAUGUGCCCUGUCUCAGCUGCCCCAUUCGGAGAAAGCCACAAUGGAUGCUGUUUAUUGCAGCUGCCAUUUUAAUGAGGCAGGAUUGUUCUUCCCAGUAGGGAUGGUAUGUCUGAACCUUGUCAGGGGAAGGAUUGAAAAACCAAGCAGUUCUAAAAUAUAUUCAAUUUAUUUUCUUGCUUCUUCAUAUAAUUUAAUGGUUGGUAUUAAUCAACCAUUGCAUGAAUCCAAAGCAACUUUUAAAAAGUCUACAAAUCUCUGAAAUGCUUUGUUUUCAGGUGGACACAGUUCUUUGGGGAGAUGUGAUGUCUUUUAUUAGACCUAGUAAAUAGUUGGAGAAAUUGUUCUGGCGGUGUUAGUGUGCUCUUCCGGGUAGAAUAGAAGCCAAAAUGCAAAAUCUGUGAAAACGCAAACGCGUGGCAGUAAGGUUCAGAGGGAAUGGGAGACAGUGGGUGUGAGAAGGUAGCUGGAAGGGGGAGAAGGUGAUAGGAAUUGAAGAAAUUGAAAUUACUUCAAUUUCACCCGCCAGCGGCAGCAUCCGGGUUAUUUAUAUGUUCUUUAUUCCAGGCACCCGGGACCCAAUCUUGUAGUCUUUUCUUAACUCAAUGCCCCUUCCCCUCUUUUGUCUUCAUGACUACAGUAGGCCUCUUCAGGAGAGAAAUACCAGGAGGGUCACUCGUGUAAUUCUAAUUUUGAGCUAUUAGCUUGUCCCCGAUUAGAGACAGCUGUAGUUUACACUGCAGUUUUUAUUUCAAGAUAGUCGCUACGUCCUUUCCACCGCAUAGGUUAAAUUAUAAAAGAAAGCCCAUUGUCAGAUUCCUCAUGGCCUAUUCCAGUGGUUCUCAACCUGUUCAGGACAGGCACCCCUUCACCAUUUUGUGAUAUGGUGGCAUCCCUGGUUGUUGAUCCUGCCUCAGCUUACUUCCGUGCUUCACAACGGGGUUCGGCUGCCUCCAGAUAAAAUUGCCCCGUGCCUGCUGCACAGCCAGACCACAAGGAGCUGUGGCAGGGAUGUACACCCCUGCUGCGUUAGGGCUCUGAUCGGCCUAAAGCAGGGAGGAGCUGCCUUGUGCUUUCUCCAGUCCAGACCCUCCUGCACGCCUCCCAAAAACAGGUCACGAGUAGAACUGUCUUCGUUGCAGCAGCCCUGAGAACCACUGAUCUCUGCUCUAUAGACACAGGCCAGGCCUGCAAAUUCAUUGUAUUUCCUUCAUUAACAUUAUAGAAAGAUAAAAGCUGACCAGGCUCAUUGCCUGAAAUCCAAAUUCUGUUAACUAUUUCUCAGUUCCCUGUGUCUCCUGUCUCAGUUUUGGCAGCGAAAGGAGUGCCUCGUUCUUAUUUUUCAUUCUGGUAUCUGUAUCUAAGAUACGUAAAACCCCAAGUUACUGUACUAUCUGAAUGCCUUGCAAUCUUUUAAGACAUACAAAAAAAUAGAGCUCUUGGUUCCAAAAUGAUACCUUUUAUUGGAUCAACUGGAAAAUGGCGAGAAAAUUGUCCUUUUCUGCAAGCUUUCGGGAUCAAAGUCCCUUCGUUAGGCUCUGGGAAAAGUGAAGAUGGUACAAGAUGGUAAAAAGUCCCCAUAGGUAGGAACUAAACUUCAUUUUUGCACAGAGGGAGCUGAAGAUGGAAGUCUGUCCCUGUGGGUCUUUGUGAGCUGCGUUGAGUAGCUCUUGGAUGUGUUGAUCAGGUAGAAUUUCUUCCCUGGAGGUGUCGGAUGGCAGGCAGGGAGGCAAAAAAAACUUCCUUGUUGUUCUGCAACGAAGUUUAAAAUCCAAAAUCAGCUAAAAUUCGGCCUCUCCCAUGUUUCAGAGGUGUACUUGGUAGCCGUGUUGGUCUGCGACAAGGUAUUGAGUCUCACAGUGCCCCACAGGAAGGGUAGUACUGUUCCUAUAUUGCAAACAGAGAGGUGAGGCAAAGAAUAACUCGGGGCCGGAUUAUUCUGACAGUGUGUAAGCACCUACAGAUGCAGAUGAGUGCCUAGUGAGAUUUUCAAAGCCAGCUCAGCACUUCAUUGGAUAUAUUCCCAUCUCUCUCUCCCGCCCGUACGCCUGGAGGAGCAGGGACUGUGGGGCCCUCUUCCUCGUUUAGGAACCUACAAUUCAUAAGGUUAAUCUGGAUCACUCAGGAAAUUUCAAGCAGCCAUCCAGGCUCAUGGGUGCUGAUCCUGUGAGCCUCUUCAAGGUUCAGUCCUUAAUAACUGGUGAAUAGCACUGGACAAUCCAGAGGGUUCGUCCCAAACAUUUUAGUGUGUCUUUUAUAUAUAUUAUAAAAAUCAGUUUUUCACUGGCAGAAGAUUGGGUUUUUAAAAAAAAAACAAAAAAAAAACAUUUUGCUUUUGUUAAAGGUGAUUUUUAAAAAAAAGUGUAAAUGAUUUUGGAAUAAGCAGUCAACUGUAAAAGCAUGCGGUAUACAGUAUUCCCUCGAUAAGCUGCACAAACUCUCAGCCGGGGGGAACGUAGAAUCGAUCUGUUGUUGCCGAUGGUCUGUGCAAAGGAGUGCGUGGGAUGGGGGCACAUACCACUAACACACUAAAUACAGUCCCCUGGCUUUGUUUCCCCCCAGCCUGCAGCACCUCUGGCUGGAUACAAAGCGGUUUUUUUCAAUGCCUCAUCUCAAAAUUAAUAGCACUUAAUUUGUUAAAGAGAAAAAGGAUUACCUUUGCAUAGGAUUUUUUUUACAUCAGUGCUUUUUGAAUGGAUUUGAAAGGGGAUGAGGAAUUUCUAUACCUUAUUUUGAGGGCUUCUGCAGUACAAAUUUAAGAGAAGAUAAUAGUUCUUGCUUACAUCAGUGUUGUUUUGUUAGGGCAGAGGGUUUUUUGCUGGCAAAACUGGUGCAGGUGAUUGGAUUUUUAAAUACAUUAUACAUUUUUUCUAAUGUUUGGUUCUGUUUUCCCCUAAUUUUUAUCACUCUGGUUUCCUAAAUUUGGUGGAUUUCACUUUUUCUCCUAUUACUUCUUGCCCAGACUCAGGUCUUUAAAACAUUUCAACUCUUAAGCAAUUCCUCCAACAGUGGGUAACUCUUACCUGUGAGUUCAACUAAGAGACCUCUCCCAUUCACACUUAUCUGGUCUGGUUGUUUUUUGUACAUGUGUAUUAUGUAUGUACAUAGGAACCUUGCUACUGGGCACUAAUUAGGGACUAUUCUCUAUCCCACCUACACACUGUGACACCUUAUUCUAGUUCAUGGGAAAUACCCCUAAAAGAGACAUAGCAGUUGUAUUGUAUGCCCCUCCCACUCCGUCACUCCAUAUCCCAUUGGACUAAAGUCAUUAGAAAACGUCACGUGGACAGAGGAUGUAACGCGAUUGAUUCUUGGUGAAGUUAUGGCACAUGGAGGAUUGUGAAAGGGACAGGACAUUUAUUGCCAAUAGCCAAGCCACUCAUACGAUGGUGACAUGUUAUCCAGCUUAACGGGGGUAUGCGUGUAUCAGUGAAUUUCUGUCUUGUUGGAGCUUUUUUCAGCUGUCUUCCAAGUAUUAUUUUUAUUGUAAAAAAAAAAAUGAAAAUGAAAAUGUGAAACGUAAUUUUUACAGCAGCAAUAUGAAAUAUAUUUUAUAAGAAAUAAAAAAAGUUGCCUGAUAUCA